UCUCUCUCUCUCUCGUUUAAAAAAAAAAACUCUCUCUCUCUUAACAGAAGAAGUGAAGAACCCAUCCUGUGCACACUAGGAAUUGCGCGAAAAGGAGAGAGAACUGAGAAGCUACAAGCAAGCAAAAUUAAUGGGUAUCAUUAAAGACGGGUCGAUUUCGGGGGUUUUACCCGGACCCGGCAGCAGCAGCAAUAGCGACAAUGUCUUCGUAGUCCACUACCCUGCUUAUCCUUCGUCCCUCCAACGCGCCGUCGAGACUCUCGGUGGCACCGAAGCCAUUGUCAAGGCUCGCAGUUCACAGUCAAACAAGUUGGAGCUCCGUUUCCGACCUGAAGAUCCUUAUUCACACCCUACUUUUGGGAAGCUUAAGCAAAGUGUCAAUUUUCUGUUAAAAAUAACAAAAGAGAAAGUUAGCGCUGCUGAAAAUACAGACACCAACAAUAGAUUAUCAAAAUGUUCUUCAGUGGCUUUGGCUAAUAUUGCACAUGCUGAGUCAAAUACUGAAUUUUCCAAAGCUUCCGAACAAGGCAAUGAAUUUAAAACUCUAUCAGCUGAUGGUAAAGAUGUUGAUGAGACGAUAGAGGAAGCUUUACAAGAGCACCUCUCUGCUGAUAUUGUUGCUCAAGUGUCUGAAGCUUACCAUUUUAAUGGAAUGGCAGAUUAUCAACAUGUUCUUGCUGUCCAUGCUGAUGUUGCUAGAAGAAAGAAGAGAAAUUGGGAUGAAGUGGAACCAAAUUUUGAGAAGAGCAGUCUUAUGGAUGUACACCAAGAGGAUCUGCUGAUUUUAGUACCACCAUUCUUCUCCCUGAAGGAUAUGUCUGAGAAUAUUAUGUUAAAACCAACUGGAAUUUUGAGCUCAAAAAAGAGGCAAGAAGGGGUUGUCCAGCAACGUUGGGAGAUGGAAAUAGAGCCGUGUCUUGCCAUUGACUUUAACAUCAAAGAUAUCCCUAAGAAAGUAAACUGGGAGAAAUACAUACCAGAAGGAACAGUUGAAUGGGUGCAUCAGACAGCUGUAUCUAAGUUUUUUGAUGAGCGUCCAGUAUGGGCAAAAGAAUCAUUGACUGAACUCUUACUUGAGAAAGGGAUAGAUUUUAGAGAAGGCAUGCUGAAAAGGCUUCUUUUUAGAGAAGCAUAUUACUUUUCUCAAGGACCAUUUCGUAGGUUGUGGAUAAGAAAAGGAUAUGAUCCUCGCAAAGACCCUGAGUCUCGCAUAUACCAGUGUGUAGAUUUUCGAGUUUCCCAGCCAUCAUUACAAAGAUACUGUGAGGCUCAAGCAGAAUCCGGAUUGAAGCUUCGAUGGAAGGAUAUAUGCUCAUUUCAAGUUUUCCCUUCUAAGUGCCAAACAUCAUUGCAGCUUAUUGAACUUGAUGACGAUUACAUUCAAGAAGAGAUCAGAAAACCCCCAAAGAAAACCACAUGCAGUUGCCAAACCGGGUGGUUCGCCUCUAAUGUGCUUAAGAGCAUCAGAUAUCGUGUUGCUAUAAGAUUUAUAUCGAUCUACCCCAAUCCUGGUGCCGAAUCUAUCCUGAAAUCUAUUUAUGCUCGCUUUGAAAAAUCAAAGAGACCAGACAUUUACACAAAGAAUGUGAGAUCUGAAGGAGAGGAAGAGGAGGAGGAAGAAGAAGAAGAAGAAGAAGAUGAUGCCGAUCAAGAAAUGGAAAACAAUGACGAUAACGAAGCUGAUGAUGGUGAAGAAGAGGAGGCCGAGGAUGACAAUGCCGAAGAGGACAAGGAUGCAUAUGAAGCACUUGACAUGGCUGGCCAUGAAGGGAAUAUAUCUUCACAACAAGAUUUAUAUACCGACCAUGACAGCAUAUCCCGAACCUACUUGCAAGAGCUUUUCGGUAAUUUUCCAUCUGGUGCAGCAGCCGGAAUGGAAGACGACCAGAGCGUUGGAGAAUACCAGAUAUAUGAACAAUACAGCGACGAGUAUUACUCAGAAGAUGAUGACUACUAAAACGCCAACCUCUGAUUGGAACAAAUUGGCCCCAACCACUGGUAUAAUUUGCUGGCCGGAGAACUCUACAGAAAUCUCUCUUUUGGCAAUCUGGAGAGGGAACAUCUAAUGUGUUUAUAUAUGUAUGGAAAUCAUUGUUUCUUUUAAUGCAUAUAAUCUUAUUAAUGCAUGCUGUCUCUGAAUAAUGUUCAUAUUUUUUAUGUUUGUCAAGUUGCACAUUAUGUUAAAAAAUAUUAUAUUGCAAUCUUUUUAGACCAAA